AUGUCCCGGCCCAGCAGCAGCGGUGAUCGGCUGCAGGAGCACACACGAGAAGCAUCAUCUUCAUGCAACUGCCCACAUUUCCAAACAGGCCCAGUGAUGAAAAACCCAAGAUUUCUCAUUCUUGCUCGCACUCACACCAUACUCCUCCUCUACCCACGCAUUCAAGAGCGCAGCAAAGUCAGCCGGUAUCUCCCCAAGAGGCGGGCCCCGGGCCUCAAGUACGCCAACUGCACCUCCCAGUUGGAAAGCUCCAGUAAGGACCACGAUGACCGGGGCAAGGAGGUUCCUGGAGUGUCCAAACAAAGAGGCCAGUCUUCUGAUUCCUCAAGUGAACUGGUCCUCGGCCAUUCUCACCGGGCGACAAAGGAGGCUGUUGCAGAGCUGCUGUGGCUGGCAACGGAGCACCAUCACUUGCUUGUUGAGUUUUUGUCCUUGUGCAAGGAUUGUACGCACAAGGUCAGGAUGGGAAAUCAGGAUGGGAAACUUGAAGGUUACAUAGAAGGGCAGGAAGUGAUCUUUGAAGGGCAGAGGUUAAUUAAAAACAACCCCAUUGCAACGGAGCUUAAGAAAGAGAUGACAAAAAGUAAGAAGGUCAAGAAGGUGAGCGGCCAGAAGUUGGAGGAGAUGCUUCUGAACAAGAUGAAACAAAAAGUUACGAAUGGAGUGUCUGUUGUCGCUUCUGCAAAGGUGGACACUUCCUGUUCUGAAACGUCCGAGAGUCCAGUGACCGGCUCCUGCGCGGCCAGCAACCCCAUUCUUCCCUCCGACGAGACCCUCCAGACCGAUCGCUGGAUGGAUUUCAUGGAAGACAACCGAAACUAUGACCCAGAUGUGGAUUUUUGCAACGACUUUUCGGAAUGCGACGGCGAGUUCGGAUAUCAGUCGUCCUCGUGCAACCUGAUCGCCGGCUUGAAUCGGAGGGAAAGCGGAAGCAACCUCAGACCCAUCAGGAGGCUGGAUUCCCUGAGCGAGUCCGAUUGCGACCCGGCUGUCAAACCGACCGCACAGAAGACCGUGGGGGUGACGGUAAAAGCAAAGGUGCAAGAUGUGGAGGCAAAAGUUCAGCGUGUCAGUCGGCAAGACAGAAGAGAUGGCAACAAUCGGAAGCUGUCUCUGCAACUCUCGUACACUAGCGAAGCAAAGAGGAGUCCUUGUUCUCCUCUCGCUGGGGUCUUCAACGUGUCAUUCCCAGCCUCCAACAGCCUCCAGAGUAUGUCCCCUUUGUCCUCCAAGCUGCCGAGUCCCCAGCUCAACCACAGACUUGUGUUAUUGUCAGACAAAGACACCGAAAUCUCUAACAAUGUGGACGAUCCUAAGGUCUACACUGAGGUAAUAGACAAGAAUGGAAACAAGCGAACUAUUACGCGCCUGGAUUUGAAUCUCAGCAGGAGGCCCAGUGUUUCAAAGUGGAAUUCCUCGAGUGCUUCUACGACGACAACAGACGACUCCCUCUUGCGACAGGAUGACAUUUGGAUGCUGGACGAACCACAGGAGCCGUUCAGACGAGUCCCACGCCCCGAUCACCUGGACUUCUUACGUAUUACGCCACCAGAGGAUGACAUCAUCGGGGAAACUCCCUACUAUCCCAAACUGGAAUGCACGGCCGAGGUGAUAUCUCCUACCGACAGUGAAGACCGAACCCCAAGGCGUCUGCAGGCGGUGUGGCCCCCUCCCAAACCCAGAGAUGAAGAGGAGAAGGUGGGGCUCAAGUACACCGAGGCAGAGCACCAAGCUGACCUCCUGCAGCUCAAGAGGCAGUGCAAAGAAGACUUGGAGAAGAUGCAUUCCGAGUUUGAGCUGAAGAUGUUUCAGUUACGAGGAGAACAUGCAGUGUCGAUAUCUCAGCUGGAGGGACUCGUCAGUCGGCUGCAGAGCGACCGGUCGUAUGUGGGGGGUCAGGAGCGCUGUGCUGUCCGUCACAUCGGAGUGUCCACGUCAGACGACCCCAGCCCAAAGACCAGCCGCAAUGUGGCCAUCCAGACGGACCGAGAGUGCUUUGUCAAGAGCCCUGACGGAGAGGGCGGGACCAGUGCCCUGAGCCCCAAUCAGAACACUCCAAAGAAACUAAACAUGGACUCCAUAGGCUUUAGUUUGGGAGGAAAGGCAGAUAAAGGCUCUGCACCACCUCCUCCUCCUCCACCACCUCCUCUUCCGGGAAGCAUGGGUGCUCCUCCUCCCCCUCCUCCACCCCCUCCACUCCCACCGGGCUUACCUGGAGCAGUGCCUCCUCCUCCUCCACCUCCUCCUCCUCCUGGGUCUGGUCCACCACCUCCUCCUCCCCCUCCUCCUCUUCCUGGGUCUGGUCCACCUCCUCCUCCCCCUCCCCCCCCUCUUCCUGGAUCUGGUCCUCCACCUCCUCCACCACCUCCAGGUGGGGGUCCUCCUCCUCCUCCUCCAAUGAUGGGAGGUUUCUUUCAGAAAGCUCCACAAGCCCCAAGAAAGCCUGCCAUAGAACCAGCGUGUCCAAUGAAGCCUCUGUACUGGACCAGGAUUCAGGUCCAAGACAAAAACAACAACACAUUAUGGGGCUCCCUGGAAGAACCAGAUAUAACCACUAAGGAAUUUGAGGACCUGUUCUCCAAAGCCACUGUACAACCCAAGAAGAAGCCACUGGCCGACACCUAUGAGAAGAAAGCCAAAACUAAGAAGAUCGUGAAGUUGUUGGAUGGGAAGCGCUCACAGGCUGUUGGCAUCCUCAUCUCCAGUCUGCAUCUGGACAUGAAAGACAUUCAACAAGCCCUUCUGAACAUGGACAACGCUGUGGUCGACCUGGAGACGAUCGAGGCGCUGUUUGAAAACAGGGGAACCAGUGACGAGUUGGAGACGAUAAAGAAUCACUUUGGGAGUUCCAAAGGCGAAGAAAGCGGUGUGUUGGACAAACCUGAACAGUUUCUCUACGAGCUCUCCCAGAUUCCAGACUUCACAGCCCGCGCCCACUGCAUCAUCUUCCAGGCUGCUUUCCUCGACACCAUCGCCUCCGUUCGCCGCAAGGUGGAGAUUGUCACCCAUGUUAGCAAAGAGCUGCUGGAGGGCACCAGUCUGCGAAAUGUUCUUGGUCUUGUUUUAGCGUUUGGGAACUACAUGAAUGGGGGCAACAGGACGAGAGGCCAGGCCGAUGGCUUUGGACUGGAGAUUCUUCCAAAACUCAAAGAUGUCAAGAGCAGGGACAAUCGAAUGAACCUCAUCGAUUAUGUGGUUUUGUACUACCUUCGUAACUUUGACAAGCAUGCAGGCACAGACAAAAGUGUGUUCCCAUUGCCGGAGCCUCAGGACUUCUUCCAGGCCGCACAGGUGAAGUUUGAUGACCUCACCAAAGACAUCAGGAAGCUCAAGAAGGAUCUGACAGCCUGUGAGAAGAAUGUGGAAAAAGUUUGUCGCAACUCAUCAGAGGAACAUCUUCAGCCAUUCAAAUCCAAGAUGGACGCCUUCCUCAGUGAUGCCCAGAAAGACCAUCUGACUGAGGAGGACAGACUCAACUCAGCACUGAAAAGUUUCACGGACAUGGUGAACUACUUUGGGCUGAAGCCCAAAUCAGGUGACAAGGAGGUGACUGCCAACUACAUCUUCAUGCUGUGGUUCGAGUUCUGCAACGACUUUAAAAACACCUGGAAGAAACAGAGCAAGAACAUCUCCAAGGAGAGGUUAAAGGAAGCUCAAGAAAACAUAAAGAAGAUAACAGCAGAUAAGCAUGUUGAAACCAAAAAGGUCAACGCUAACAGCCUGAAAGAGCGUCUGCGGCAGAAGGAAGCCGGCGUGUCGUCCAGCUGA